AUGGGCGGGAUAGGUAAGACCACUCUUGCCAAAACUGUUUAUUCGAAGCCAAUCAUUGAGCAUCGUUUUGAUUUUCGUGGAUGGGCUACUAUUUCUCAACAAUACAACACAAGGGAAAUUCUUUGUGAACUUGUUUCUCAAGCCACUAAAAAAAGCAAGGACCAACUUAGUGAAAAGAGUGAAGAUGAACUAGGAUUAGAGCUCUACCAGCAUUUGUCAGGUAGAAGGUUUCUAAUUGUGAUGGAUGAUAUGUGGAGUAUCGAUGCAUGGGAUAGGAUACAACGUUUCUUUCCCAGAAAUGAGAAUUAUAGUCGGAUAUUAGUGACGACUAGGCUUUUACACUUGAGUUCCCAAUUGAACAACAAUUAUAGCCAUCAAAUGGAAUUUUUAGAUGAGGCCAGAAGCUGGGAACUCUUCUCAAAAAUUGUGUUUGGGGUUGGAAGUUGCCCUCAUGAGUUAGAGAAAAUUGGAAAGAAAAUAGUAGAGAAUUGCAGAGGACUUCCUUUAUCAAUUGUUGUAGUGGGGGGUAUUUUGAGAAAUAGGGAACACACUCUAGGAGUUUGGGAAUCAAUUAGGAAGAACUUAGCUUCAGAAGUGAAUUUGGAGAAUGAUAACCAUUGCAUGAAACUGUUGAAAAUGAGCUAUAAUCAUUUGCCAGUUUAUUUAAAGCCUUGUUUUUUGUAUAUGGGAGUGUUUGAGGAAGAUGAUUCGGUUAGAGUCUCAACAAUCGUGAAGCUAUGGGUUUCUGAAGGAUUUUUAAAACCCAUGAAUGGAAAAAGUUUGGAAACUAUUGCCGUAGAGUUCUUAAAGGACUUGGUUGAUAGAAAUCUCAUUCUAGUUGAUAAAGUGGGGUCUACAGGAAACAUAAAAUUUGUCAAAAUUCAUGAUUUGUUGAGGGAUUUAUGCUUGAACCAGAGCAAGAAAGAUGGGUUCUAUCAUGUCAUAGGGAAUUCUAGUCCUCGAGGCAUAAGUAGCCAACGCCGCGUUGUUAUACCCAGGAACACGCCAAAAAAGAAAGUCCUGGUCGACUUGCAGUCUAUGCGAAGUGCUCGUUCCAUUAUCAGUGAAUAUGACGAAGUCCCGCAUAUUAAGAAUUCCGGGUUGCUUAGAACAUUACAUGCAUACCGAUAUUUUGAAUAUAAUAGCUACGUUAUUUUAAAUUUGCGCCACCUUGCUGUUGAAGUUGGUAGCAUGUCCUUGAUCUUUACCUCAUUUACUCUCUUCUGGAAUCUGCACAUAUUGAUUGUUUCUUGUGAAGAAGAUUUCACUGCUUCUGCUGAGAUUUGGAGAAUGCCACAACUUAGGCAUAUUGAAAUGACUGAAAGAAGUUUUUAUCUUCCAGAACCUUCGAGUGAUGAUGUCGUCGUCAUGGAGAAUCUACUGGUGCUUAAGAGAAUAGCAAAUUUCAAGUGCAGUGAAGAGGUAGUUAAGAGAAUUCCCAAUAUCAAAAAAUUGGGGAUAAAGUAUUUUGGGAGCGGGGGAAUCGAGCAUGAUGAUUAUUAUUGUCUAAACAAUAUCAAACGUCUGUGUAAAUUGGAAUCACUCCACGUAUAUUGUUGGUUUGAUUUUAGAGCUUCUCUGUAUGUGCUCACAUUCCCCCAAAGCCUCAAGAAGUUGACUCUUAACAUGAAAGAUGGCUUUGAAUGGGAAAAAAUGUUGGAAAAGAUAGGUGCAUUGCCCUUUCUCGAGAAGUUUGAGUUGUGCGCGGGUUGCUUUGGAACAGGCAAGUGGGAAAUGGUCGAAGGCCAGUUCCCUUCCCUCAAAUACUUGGGAUUGCAUUUGUGUCCCGGUUUGGAGCAUUGGACUGCGGAAUCGAACUCCAUCUUUCCACGCCUUGAGAAGCUUCAUCUUGUUUAUAUGCUAGAGUUAAAGGAGAUCCCGAUUCAAAUUGGAGACAUACCGACGCUGCAAAAGAUAUGGAUGACCAAUUGUGGCGAAUCCGCUAUGAUGUGCGCAAAGGAGAUCGUAGAGGAACAAGUGGAAUUACAAGGGGAAGAUCUUUCAUUUCAUGUUCGAGUUUGGCUUCCGUAUGAGAACGAAGCAGUGCAGAGCUUGGCAGGCCCCAACUUCGAAGAGUUUCUCGAAGCUUACACCUCCUCUGUUUCCGACGAAGCAGAUCCCUUUGAGAUGCGUAUUGCAGAUGUAGCUUAUGCAGCUGAAGAAGCCAUCGAAUCUCAUAUCGUGGCCAAGAUUCAGCUGAGAAGAUCCAGAGAAACCAUUUGCAGCCACUUCCGCAGCUGCUUUCGAGCUGAGGAAGAGAUGAACUAG